AUGCCAAACCCGCGUGUCAUCCUCCUGAGAAUGAUGCUCGCUAUCGGAACCUUGUCAACCAUCGGCUGUUCUGUUCAAGCUGCAGCGAUCGGUAAUGGCAACCCGUUCAAGCUGGUAACAGGAAACAGUCUUACACCCUCAACCUCUGGACAUUCCGCCACUACCACCACUCAUAACCGAUCCAUUGCAAUCACGCCCACGGGAGGUGUCAACCGCACGACUACGGCCAAGACCUUAUCCAAGACUACUACUACCACGUCACUUGCCCGUACUCCUCCAUCCCGAACUACAACCGGGACUAUUACUACCAAGCGGGUCACUACUAUCACUAUCAACAGCCCUACAUCCACUUAUGAGACGACGUCUUCCUGGGAUGGAGAUGAUGGCGAUUAUGACGACGAGUGUGAGGAAACUGACGAGGAUGAUGAUGAGGAUGAGGAUGAAGAUGGUGAUGGGGAUUGUGGGGAAGGCCAUGACGAUGACGACGAUGGCGAUGACGAUGGCGAUGAUGACGAUGGCGAUGAUGACAAUGAGGAGGAAGAAGGAAGAGACGACGAGGGUGAAGAUGAGGAUGAUGGCGACUAUGGCAAUGGCGAUGAUGACAAUGAGGAGGAAGAAGGAGGAGACGACGAGGGUGAAGAUGAGGAUGACGACGAUGGUGACGACGAGGGUGAUGACGAUGGUGACGGUGACGAUGGUGACGAUGGUGACGAUGGGGAUGAUGAGGAAGACGACAACGAGAAUGAUGAAGAGGACGACAACGAGAAUGAUGAAGAGGACGACAACGAAGAAAAGACCUUAGAGGAGGGUGAAGAAUUGAUCCCAGAGGAUGAGUGUUACGAGGAUGACGGCGGGGUAUGUCCUCAUACUCCCAAAAAGAGGCGCCAGCUUGUUGACAAGAACAAGUGCCGAAAGCUCUGCACGCCAACAGGCAACUUUGUCAGAGACACUUGUGUCCAGGGGGGCAGAAUCAACAACUUGAUAGGUAGCUGUGAGGCCAAGAUCUAUAAUUGUUUGUACCCGGAAGACGCCCUUGUCAUCUUGGAUAUUUCCGAGUGCCCCAAUCCGGACAAGGACUAG